AGGAAAGCGUCGACUUGGAAGCAACCGGGCAGGAUUGCACCGCGCCGCUCCAGUCUGGAACGGGGCGGGAUCGAGGAAAGGGGCGGUCUUAGGGAGCCGGGAAUGCCUGCUUGCCUAGCCGGGGCCGAGGCCGGGACCGCUGGGGCGGGCGUGGGCGCGGCGGCUCGCUGGCUGGCUGGCUGGCUGGCGCGCCGUCAUCCUUCCCACCCUCCUCCCUCCCUUGGCUGUGCCGUGCGGGCUCUAUGACCCCGAGGUUCCGAGCGCCGAUGACACGGAUUCCGAGGCUCAGUUACGGAAGCAGCAGCAGCAGCAGCAGCCGCUCCCCCCGCUGUCGCCGCCGCCGCCGCUGCCUCCUUCUCCUGCUCCGCCGCCACCUGGCCGAAGGGAAGCCCUGCGCGCGCAGCCCCGACUCUUCCUCCCGGCACUGGCCAAGAGGGCUCGACGGCGGCAGCAGGGGACGCGAAGAAGGAAGCGGCCGGAGUGGGUAUUGCUACCGCCGCCGUCGCCACUGCCGCUCCGACGCGCCCGGGCCAGAGAGUCCCAGUGCCGCUCUUCGCGCCUGCCCGGCAGGGCGCCCCACCGACCUCUCGCCUCCGCCCCUGCCGAAGGGGUCGGUUUGCUGGCCAGCAGGCCUCGGCCAGGGAGCGCCCCACUUUCCCCGGCUCCGGCUGAGGGUCACCGCCGAGGACCCCGGAUGGAGAAGCGGGGCAAGAGAGUGGACUGUCCGGCGUUACCUCCCGGCUGGAAGAAGGAGGAGGUCAUCCGCAAAUCGGGGCUGAGCGCCGGCAAAAGCGAUGUCUACUACUUCAGUCCAAGCGGGAAGAAGUUCCGAAGCAAACCCCAGUUGGCCAGAUACUUGGGGAACACGGUUGACCUCAGCAGUUUCGACUUCAGGACAGGGAAGAUGAUGCCAAGUAAAUUGCAGAAGAACAAACAGAAAUUAAGGAAUGAUUCGCUCAGUCAAAAUAAGGGUAAACCAGAUUUAAAUACGACGUUGCCAAUCAGACAAACAGCUUCUAUUUUUAAGCAGCCUGUAACCAAAGUUACCAAUCAUCCUAACAAUAAAGUGAAGUCUGAUCCACAACGAGUGAUUGAACAGCCUAGACAGCUUUUCUGGGAGAAGAGGCUUCAAGGCUUAAGUGCCUCAGAUGUCAGUGAGCAAAUCAUAAAAUCCAUGGAGCUUCCCAAAGGCCUUCAAGGAGUGGGCCCAGGGAACAACGAUGACACCCUCUUGUCGGCUGUGGCCAGCGCAUUGCACACAAGUUCUGCUCCCAUCACAGGACAACUGUCUGCUGCCGUGGAAAAAAACCCCGCUGUGUGGUUAAACACAUCCCAGCCCCUCUGCAAAGCCUUCAUCGUUACGGAUGAAGAUAUUAGGAAGCAAGAGGAACGAGUGCAACAGGUACGGAAAAAACUGGAGGAGGCAUUGAUGGCAGACAUCUUGUCCCGGACUAUGGACCCAGCAGAUGUGGAUGAAGUUGAAAUGGACAAUGGAGAAGAGGCAUAAGAAUUAAAUAAUCAGGUACUUUAAAAAGAGAAAGAGACUCCCAGAUGAAAAUUUCUGGAAAUUGGAAGCGCUUUUAUGUUUUCCGUUGGUCUUUUGUGAUAGAAGAAGAGGACCUCUGCACAUUUAUAUAGCUUUCUAAUAGCAUUAAAAACCAAUGCCCUUUUUUGGCUCUUAUUAUUAUUAUUUUAUUAUCCUAUUUUUGAUGUACAUAUCUUGUUAAGAAAAGAAAGAAAAAAGGAAAAGAAAAAAAGAAAAAAAACCCUACUCUUUAUUUUGUGUCUUACGACUUCAAAAGUCUCAUUUUUAUUUUAUUUGUUUGGCGAUGUCAAACAAUUCCUGAAGACUGAAGCUGAGCUUUCAGUACCAAGUUGCAAUCCUGUAGCAACUAUCUGGUAAGCACUAAAUAAUUAGCAUUUAUUCUUUUUUAUGUGUGUGUUUUUUGCAAAAAUAGAUCAGGAAAACAGAUUGUUUCCCAAUUUAAAAAAAAACAAAGAAAAAUUGUGUCAUGGUUUCUUGUACAUAUAUUAUAUAAAAGAUUUUUUUAUACUGGAACUGAAUGGAAAAAAAAUCUAUAAAUUGACCCAUCAUCAUUCUCUAAAGAGAAAUAAAUACUUUUAUUACAAUUUUUAGAAUAAUGUACUAUAAUUUAAGGCAAGGCCUUAUCUCAAUUACUGAGCAUUAGGCAGAGAUAAUAUUGUUCAGUGAGAGUAGUGAACACAGAAUGUCGAAGCUGCUACAGCCUUUGUUAAGUUUAUUGGGAAAUUUAUUUGCACUCUGACACAAUUACGGAAGCACUUCAAUGAGAGUGCAGUUUUCCUAUAUCUGAUUUGGAGCCUCCAUCCUCCUUUUUGUAAAAUGGGGAAAUCAUGACCUACCUCACAGGGCUGUUGUGAGGAUGAGCUUAAUACAAAAAAUGGAAAGUACUUUUUCAAUGAAAUGGUUUUCCCAAAUAAAUAAGACAUGGAUGCACAAAAAA